AUGUCACCCGCAGAAAUAGAAGCAAUGAAGGGAUUAAAAAUGGACAAAGAUAUUAAAGUGCUACCGGCCGACAAAGGAAGAGCAACAGUUGUGAUGAACCGUGUUAAUUACAACGAAAAGGCACAAGCUCUCCUGGACGACCAACAAUCCUACAGGUCCGCACCCGCCUCGCAGGCCAAAUCGAUGAUUGGCCAGCUGACUGGACUCUUAAGCCGACUCCGGCGUAACAAUGUAAUCUCGCCAGACGCAUGGCGCCAGACGAAACCAACCGACACGGCGUUGGCCAGGUUAUACGGACUACCAAAAAUCCACAAACCCAACGUUCCUCUGCGGCCAAUCGUGGCUCUGAAAGGCAGCCCCACAUACAAUUUAGCCAAAUGGAUGUCCCGAAAGCUCAAUUUUCUCCGAGAGGGCUCUGUGACGUUCGUCAAUUCGGCCUCCCAAUUCCUUGCCGACAUUCGGGGAAAAACUCUUCAACCCGACCAAAUCAUGGUAUCCUUCGACGUUGUCUCACUUUUCACGUCCAUCCCACCAGACUUGGCGCGCGACGUGUUACGCAAACGCCUCGAAGAAAAGUACAACGAAACGACAGGGCCGCUAAAGAUCCAGCACCUAAUGCAGCUCUUUGCAUUCUGCCAACGAACCUUUUUCACCUUCGAUGGCAGAACAUACGAACAAAUCAAAGGAACCCCCAUGGGUUCCCCAAUAUCCAGCCUAGUUGCGGAAUUGGCCCUACGAGAGCUGGAAAAGAUUGCUUUCAGCCAUUACGAACCUGCGUUUUGGCGCCGAUACGUGGACGAUACAUUCGUCAUUAUUGAAAAGGACAAGCUAUCGGGUUUCCAAGACUUACUUAACAGCAUAUUCCCCGACAUUCAGUUUACGAGAGAAGACGAGGAGGACGAGAAACUACCCUUCCUGGACGUGCUCGUCACGCGCACACCUGACGGUAAACUCAGCACUACAGUGUACAGAAAGGCGACCAAUAUAACCCAGGUCCUCAACUAUCAUAGCAGCCACCCAUUGGUGCACAAUCGGGGCUGUGUGAGGGCGCUUUUCGACCGGGUAAAAACGCACUGUAGCGAGCCCGAAGGACGGAUGCAAGAACUACGGCAUCUCCGGGACCAAUUAACAAAGAACGGCUACCCGAAUAGCUUUAUCGGUCGCUACAUACGCGCACACGCACGCCGGACAAACGGAAGAGAGACACCAACAAUUCGGCACUCCCUACCGUACAUAAAGAAUGUGUCCGAGGCUACAGAACGCAUCGCGUUAGAGCUAGGCGUGGGCAUCGCUCAUCAUCCAGAGGCCACCAUGCGUAGCAGGAUCAUGAAAAUGAAGGAUCGGCUGGACGCAGGUGAACAGUCGGGCGUAGUCUAUCGAAUCCCGUGCCAAAAACUGUCCUUGCCACUACACAGGCCAGACAGGACGACGUCUGAGCCCACUAAUACUUGA